UUUUUUUUUUCCUCCUGGAACUCUUUUGCUGUUUUUUUUAAAAAGCCGGUUCUCGCUCUUCUUCCCUUUGCCUUUUACCCUCGUAGUCAUCAACAUGACAGAUGAUUGGAAAGAGACGCGCGGAACGAUCUGAGCUUCGCCGUCGGUUUAGAAAAAUGUGUUUGUGUCAAAACAUGAAAACCUGCAAGUAAAAGAGAGAGGGACCAAAUAUCACUCUGCACAGCAGACAUCACAAUACUACUAUGUUUAAAACAGGGUUCGAACCGGUCAUGGAAAACCUGGAAAAGUCACGGAAUUUUAAAAUGGUUUAUUUCCAGGCCUGGAAAAGACAAAGGAAAUCUCUUUUUAUGUUCAUAUGUUCAUUUACGCUGAGUUUGAAAUAAUUACUAUGCUUUUUAAAAAAAGAAAGACGCUCUAAAUAUAAGCAGGCGUACGCUCUCAUAUACCCUCACUUCUUCCAUGUACACACACGCCCAUGUUUGGUCAUUUGGUUUAAAGUCAAGGGAAAGUCUUUGAAAUCCAAAUGUGUAUGAACCCUGUUAGAAGAAGAUGGCACACAGAGAUGGGGAGAAAAAGAAAGAUGGACUCCAGUGGAGCUUAAUAUGUCUGAGCUUUCAACAGCAACAUGUUUUCUUUAGGUUCUUUGAGGGUCCCUAUAGGUUCUCUGAGGGUCUCUGCGAGUCUCUAUAGGGUCUCUGAGGAUCUCUAUAGGUUCUUUGAGGGUCUCUGAGAGUCUCAGAUGAUCUCUAUAGGUUCUUUGAGGGUCUCUGAGAGUCUCAGAUGGCCUCUAUAGGUUCUCUGUAGGGUCUCUGAGGGUCUCUGCGAGUCUCUAUAGGGUCUCUAUAGGUUCUUUGAGGGUCUCUAUAGGUUCUCUGAGGGUCUCUGCGAGUCUCUAUAGGGUCUCUGAGGAUCUCUAUAGGUUCUCUGAGGGUCUCUAUAGGUUCUUUGAGGAUCUCUAUAGGUUCUCUGAGGGUCUCUGCGAGUCUCUAUAGGGUCUCUGAGGAUCUCUAUAGGUUCUUUGAGGGUCUCUGAGAGUCUCAGAUGAUCUCUAUAGGUUCUUUGAGGGUCUCUGAGAGUCUCAGAUGGCCUCUAUAGGUUCUCUGGGGGUCUCUGAGGGUCUCAGAGGGGUCUCAGAUCUUGAUAAGUGUGUUAUGACGUCAGACACUUUUAUCAGAAGCAUCUCUGUAGGAAGUACAAGGACAUCUUGUUAUCUGUGGGAUGGUUUGACAUUUGGUCCAGAUGUUCACUUUAAAGAUACUUCUCAUCCAGCAGCAGGUCGCACGGAAACAUCUCAACCAUUUAAGUGCCUUCUUUAAUUGUUUCAGAUAAACAGAAUCCAAAGGGAGUGAGUUGUAAAUCUCCCCCUUUUGUUACCCUCUGACCAGAAAACACCAGGCAAUCCCUUCUUUGCAAAUCUUUGGGAGGAGGAUGGGAUGUCCCGCCGUGCUUUUGUUUCCCGUGAGAGGGAAACUUCAAUCGGCCGGAGGCUGCGUCCUCAUUGGUCCGCGCAGCGUUUCAUGAAAAGACCCAGUCGGCCAAUCGGAAGGCAGAUUUCUACUUCAGUCGGGACGGAGCACAACAAGACAGACAGAGAGAGAGAGAGAGAGAGAGAGAGAGAGAGGUUCACCACAGCUGGAUCCAGGACUCUGCACAAGCCUUCUCCGACAUGGAGGUCCCCAGGAGGCCUCGGCCCUCCUCCUGCAUGCUGGCUCUCCAACAAGCCGCCGCGAAGGACCCGAGGAGCUCGGCGCUCCGGGAGGAGAACGACCACGACGAGGGAGAUCCGUUCGGGGAGGAGACCUUCGGCGGCGACGAGGAGCUCGACGGGUCGCUCGACGGGUCGGUCGAGACCUCCGAGCUCGCGGGAAUGAACGCGACGCUCUCCUCGCGGGGGAGUUGCUCCGAGGAGAGCUCGACGUCGGCCGAGGAGGAGGCGGCGGAGGCCAAGAAGAAGCGCGAGGAGGAGGAGGCGGCGGCCAAGGAGAGGGCCGCCCAGAGGCAGAUGCUGGCCAUCGAGGAGCUCGUCCACUCGGAGAGGAAUUACCUCCGUCUGCUGCGGCUCAGCUCCGGGACCAUCAGGAACAACCUGCAGAAGCUACAGCCUCCUCCAGCCGACCUGGACAGCGUGUUCCUCGACAUCGAGGACGUCAUCGACGUGUCGAGUCGCCUCCUCGGCCUGCUGGACCAGAAGCUGGUGCAGCCCGGAGACCCCCGCUUCCUGGAGACGCUCUGCGAGUCCUUCCUCGGCCUCUCCUCGGACAUCGAGGCGGCCUACAAGGAAUACCUGGCCAACUACAACCAGGUGACGGUGGUGGAGAACAGCUACAAGCAGAAGGAGGCGCUCUGGAACGACGUCGUCCGAGUCAUCAAGACCUCGGCGCCUGAAGUGAACGCCACCUCGCUGAGCUUCUUCCUGGUGAUGCCGGUGCAGCGCAUCGCCCGCUACCCGCUCCUCCUGCAGACCAUCCAGAAGCACACGGAGAAAACCCACCCGGCGUACGCCCUCCUGGAGCGGACCGCUCACACCUCCAUCGCCCUGAACUAUCGCAUCAACGAGUACAAGCGCUUCAGAGAAGUUGCUGACAAAUACAAGAAGACGGAGACGCUGACCAUCAAGGACAAGAUCUACCGCCUCAACACGCACAGCAUCGCCAAGAAGACGGCGAGGUUCGGCCAGCACAUCAGACACGAGACCGGAAUGGCGCCGAAGCUGGUGGACGAGGAGUUUGACGCUCUGGAAGGUUUCUUUUACGUUCUGGAGCACGGGAUCCUGGAGCUGCUGGAGAACGUGGAGACGUACCUGUACCACCUCCAGGGCUUCCUGUCCUGCAGAACGGAGGAGUUCGACCUGGACAUGGACGGAGAGAAGGCGCCCAUUUGCUACAAGGAGAUCACCACCGCUCUCAGGCAGUGGAUCCUGCCCACCUUUGAGAAGAGGAUGAGGACGUUGAUCCGCAAGCCGCUGGGCGCCCUCCGCGACCUCCUGGUGGGCCCGAGGAACCUGAUCCGGAAGAGGCUGGACAAGCUGCUCGACUACGAGCUGAUCGAAGCCAAAUCCAACCUGAGCUACGAGGAACAGGACGUGGCCAACACGUACAGGACCAUGAACACGCUGCUCCUCAACGAGCUCCCCCAGUUCACCGGCGUGGCGCUGCAGAUGAUCUGGAGCGUGCUGGGGACGUUCAGCUGCCUGCACAGGGACCUCGCCGCCGACAUGGAGCAGCUGUUCCAGAGCUUUGCACAGCAGCUCCCUCACAGCUCUAUGGAGCGCGGUGCCUUUCGGGAGUGGGCGGAGUCGGCCGUGCUGGAGGGUGCGAGGAGGCUGGAGACUCUGUGUCGGAGCGUGGAGCACACGCUCAACGGGCCCGUCGUCCAGCCUCUGAGUCCGUCCUCUCGGCGCCGCCUGAAGCAGCUGACGGAUAAGCACGGUUCGGGAAAGAUCUACCAGGUGGUGGGGUCGGUGGUGGGCAGCCGGGACCUGGACCUGAACCUGGCCAGAGGCGAGCUGGUGGCCAUCAUCAGUGAGGCGGACACCCGCGGAGACAAGCGGAGGUGGCUGGUUGACGCGGGAGGCCCACGAGGGUACGCUCCUUCCUCGAAGCUGAUUCGCUAUCACCAGCCAACAGAAGACCCGCCCCCCUCGCCACAGCUGACCCUGCCUGAUGGCGUGACGGAAACCAGACGACACUCCUACACCCCAGAGAGCCAGCCAAUGACGGUCAUGAGCCAGCCCUGCUUCCAGGUGCUGGCGGCGUACGACUUCACGGCGACGGGGAACCACGAGGUCUCCGUCCGGGCCGGCGAGCCGGUCCGCGUCCUGGAGCCCCGCGACAAGCGGGGGAACCCCGAGUGGAGCCUGGUGGAGGCGCGAGGGGGCGCGCGGGGCUACGUGCCCUCCAACUACCUCGCCAUCGCGCCGCGCCCCCCCCACCACUAAAGGGGGGAGGGAG